CCAACUUUGUUUUUCAGGUGUAACAUUGGCCAGUUAUCAAAAAUAAGCAAAAGUUGUAAUAGUAAAAAUUAUAUGUCAGAUGGCAACCUUUUGCAACCUGUUCGGGAAAAUAAAAUAUAUUUCUGGCAACACUGGUAAUAAGUUCUCUCAUUCCCUUCACUCAGUUAGCUGUCAACGGUCAUCAAAGUCAGGUCUGUCGCGCUUGUACCAAAUUGUGCCUCGAGUUUUUUCUUUCGGUACGUGAUAAAAGUGACAAAGAAUGGAUGCAUCUUCAAAUACAAAACCAAGAUUAAAACCAAGAAAAAGUCGCAGGCGUCUUGGUUCCCGGCAGUACAAAAAUUAUUCAGAAGAUAUGCUGGCAAUAGCUGUAGAGCUCGUAAGCAAAAAACAGAUAUCUGCAAGAGAGGCGGCGCGACAGUUCGCAAUACCGAAACAAACUAUAAUAAACAAAAUAAAAUAUUGCCACACAAAGUCUGUUGGUUGUCCAACGCGAUUGUCUCCUGAUGAAGAAGCCAAAUUCGUAAAAGUUUUGAUUGCUGCUGGGGAAUUUGGGUGCCCUCUGAGUAAAUUAGAUCUCCGCCUCGUGGUAUUUGAAUACCUGAAAAAGAAUGGCCGAGAGGACACUUUUAACGGUAAUCCUCCUGGGAAAGCAUGGGUCGAUAAUUUUUUGUCACGACAUUCUUCCGAUUUAACCGUCCGUAGUACCCAAAAUAUAAAAAAGACUAGAGCUGAGAAAGGAGUUGAAGAGUUGAGGGAGUAUUUCAGAAAUUUAGAACACACUCUAAAAGAUAUCCCUCCGUCAAACAUACUUAAUUUCGAUGAAACAAAUUUGACUGACGAUCCAGGAUCAUCGAAAUGUAUCUAUAGACGAGGCGUCAAAUAUCCAGAAAGAGUACUUAAUUCCAGUAAAGGAGCCAUCUCGUUGAUGUUCUCCGUAACAGCAGACGGAAGCUGUCUACCGGUUUAUGUCGUGUAUAAGGCAGAAAAUUUAUAUUCUGAGUGGAUACAGGGUGGACCGCGUGAUACAAGGUAUAACCGCACAAAAUCAGGGUGGUUUGACUCUACUGUUUUUGAGGAUUACUUCAAGACAAUAAUUUUGAACUGGGCAGAAUCUUUACCUGGAAAAAAGGCCAUAGUAUGUGAUAAUUUAUCAAGCCAUUUAAAUGUAACUGUUAUCGAAUUAUGUGAGCGUCAUAAUAUUCAGUUUGUGUUUAUUCCAUCGAGCUCGACGCACAUUACUCAGCCACUAGAUGUGGCUUUUUUUGCACCACUUAAAAAAGUGUGGAGAGCUAUAUUACUUAAAUACAAAAUGGAGAACCCUAACCAAAGCACUUUAAAUAAAAAUCACUUCCCAAAACUUUUACAUUCCUUAAUGGAACAAAUCCAAAUAAAUUCAUCUAAAAACAUCAAAAGUGGUUUCAAAGCUACAGGAAUCUGCCCAUAUAACCCCAGAGAAGUAUUGAAGCGUGUGCCAGAGUAUCACGAAGAUAUAACAUCGUACGGCAUUGAUAACGCAUUGCUAGAUUAUUUAAAACGCAUCAGACAGCCAGACCCUUUAAAGACAAAAAGGAACAAAAAAGUUGUUACUGAACCGGGCAAAUCAGUGACUUUCAGUGAUUUUUUGAAGACUUCCCAACCAUCCGAAACUAUAGAAAAUGAUAAUUGUGAAAAUAAAUAUAUUUUAAAUGAAAAAACAGGUUUUGUAGAAGAAGACAGACCAAAGAAAGUUAAUAUUCUGGAAGAUAUUAUUGUGCCUAAAAAAACAACCGAAUUUAAAACUAAACGUAAAUUGAAAAAAAUACAAUUAAAAGAAAUAGAUAAGAACUUUGACAUAUAUUCGAAAGCAUGUACUUCAAACUUAAAUAAAACUCUCCCUGAAAUUUCGAAUGCCGAAGACCAAAAAAAUUUAAAUCAGAUAGCUGUAACUAUUGAUGUUCAUGGCUCAUUAAGUAGUGACGAGAAUGAUAAAAGUAUGGAGGUUUCUGGUUUUUCACCAAAUAGUAGAGAGAACUUCAUUCCUAAACUUAUAAAUAGAAGGACUAAACGUCGAUUGAAAAAAUCUGUUAAAAAGAGGAACAACAAACAAGUUAAGAGACCUAAAAAGUUUCUGGAUAACUCCACAACUACAGAAGAAGAAUUUAUUAGUAGUCAUAGUGACUCUGACAUUGUUGAGGUCCUUAGUGAUAUUAAUCAUUCCGAAGAGUUGGAGUUGCAAAUGGAAGAGCAUAUUAAUGUGCAAAUGGAGAGCGAGGAGAUAUUUGGAAACUUCUAUCUUGAUAUUGAAAAGGAAUCACAAAUAAAUUUGGAAGAACAACUGGUGAUCUGUACUCCUAGAAGACUUAAUGAGCUUUGUAUCCAGUUUAUUAAUACGCAUUUAGGUUUAUUGUCGUACUAUACUACCGCACAAGCAUCAGAAGUUUGCGUGUUAAGUUAUAAUUUUAAAAGUAAUGAUCAAAACCAAAGUUUUGUGGCCAUUAAUGAAGACUCUUUACCAACAUGUUUACGACCUAAGACAUUCAAUUCACCACAAUCUAAACCUAUAGUAACCUCAAAUGUUAAAUUAACAGUCAAAGAAUUAAAGGAUUUAAGGAACGAAUGCGAAUAUAAAACAGUUGAUGAGUAUGUAUCCACAUGUUCCGAAGAAAUCUAUAAUAAAGAAAACUUUGAACCAUAUAAUAUCACUAUACCAUUAGAUAUAGAUGUAAAAAAAGAUGACUGGGUCGUCGUCAAGUUUACGAUGAAGAAAAGUUUGAAGCAUUUUGUGGGGUGUAUUUUAUACAUUAACAAUAGUACCCCUACAGUGAAAUUUGCCAGAAAAGUCAAAAAUUCAAAGCGCGAUAAAGCAAUUUUUACAUACCCAAUCGUAGAGGACAUAUGUGAAGUAAAUCCUGAUGAUAUAGAGGAAGUAUUGCCUCGGCCAAAUAUCUCCAGACGGGGCCAAAUCGUGUUUGAUUUUAACUUUGAUCGUUCUUACAACAUUCAAUAAUUUUAUGUUUUGAUAAAUACAAAGUCAAUUAUUUAAUUAGAUUAAUACAUAUUAAGCGUUCUAAGUGUUCAUGAGCCAUACACCUACUUGGAUAAUUUUAUAUAUAGGGCUUAGUUUUCUAAUCGUUCGCUAUACAGAGUGCUUUUUGUUGAUAUGAUUAAAAAUUACUCAUAAGAUCUUCAAUCACAUCAAUUUGAAUCUGAAUUUCAAUACGAAACAAGUACAAAAGUUAAAAGUAAAGUAAGUACGCGUUUCUUUUUCUAUCUUUGACAUUUUAACUUUUUAUGAUACAUUUAUAUCAUUCAUUUACUGUACAAAUAAGUUUCCUAUAGGUAGAAAGAAAAGACAAUAUUAUGGCGAACGGUUGGAGAAACUAAAAUCUUACUAACCUAACCUAAUGUUUAAAAAUUACUAGAUCUCAUAAACAUAAAUAAUAUGCUUUUAACUGUAGCAGGGAAUAAUAUAUACUCAUAAGACUGAGAUAAUUUGUUGACUUUAGAUAUGAUUUUGUUGAUUAUUUUUGUCAUUUUGUUGAUUAUUAUUAUUUUUGUUCAGUAUUAAUAUUUUUUAUAGGAAGUUACCAGUUAUUACAGUACCUUGCAGUAUUAAACAUUGACAUUUAUAUUA